AUGGAGAGGAUUCAGGGCGAAGAACUACCAAAAGCUUGGAAAAGCAUGUCCGAAGAAUCACUUGAGCGUGUCUUCGCACAGUUAAGAAAGAUCUUCCAAGAACUACGCUCUCUGGCGCCUCCUCCGGGCACGGGUGUGGAAAGCUGUGUUGGUGGCUCGUUGUACGAUUCCCGCAUAUCUCGUGGAAAUCCGCGUUUUGGUCCGUUCAAGACAAUCCAAGAAUUUCACUUCUGGCUCAGACGAGACUUGACUGUCGAAGACCUGAAAGAUCGGGAAAAGGACCAAGAUUGGCAUGAUCUCGUGGAGAUGAUAAGACAGCAGGAUGGGCCUUGGUCUCCUCCAAAAUUUGCUCACGGCGAUUUAAAUCCGUUCAAUGUUCUUGUUCGCGACGGUGAGGUCGUUGGAAUACUCGAUUGGGAAUUCUCUGGUUGGUAUCCAAAUUACUGGGAAUAUACUUCGGCCUGGUUUGGCAACGUUAUAAGGACAGAAUGGCAAGGCAAGCUUGACAAGAUUCUCGAUCGGCCACGCCCCGAGGAAUUUAACAUGGAAGAGGUGCGCAAUAAAUGGUGGGGUGAAUAG